UUGACGAUACGAACGACGGGACAGGAGGGCGAUACAUCUACACAUGGCACAUGAUCUUGGGACUUAGGACGAAAUACAUAAUCUGGACGACUGAGUUGGCGGUUUGAACUACAUCGAAGUCAAGUCAUCCGCACGGCAGUUCUAAACCUUCGAUUUAGAGUCCGACUAUCAUCAAUCGUUGAACUGAUGGUGCGACGUAGCCUCUCUGGGUAUAUAGGCUGGAUAACUUUGCCAGGAUUCCAAAGAAUACCCAGCACUGGACUUACGUGGUUGCGAAAUAUCAAGAUGAGAAGAACAUCCAUCCAAGCAGGAAUAAAUGUCGUUCUUGUGGUAAUCCUGGCUGCGGCAAGUUUUUACUUGGGAUGGCAUUCAUCAGGUGCUGUCUCGAAGAGAAAGGUACCAAACCUGCGCUACGUAAGCCAACCUUCAACCAGACCGACAACAGCACUUCUGAUCAAAUCACCACGGCAGAAUAGUACGUCUAAAGAGCACUUGCAAACGGUGAAGCCCACUUCAUUUCAAUCUAGGGAUACACCAAGACCUUGGGUGAUACUAGCAACCACUAAUCAAGCCUUCUUGGAUUUCACGGAGAACUGGCUCGAGAGUUUGAAACGAAGCAAAAUCACUGACCAUGUGACUAUAGUAGCUGAAGACAAUGCAACGCGCCAAGCCCUUGCCAAGCGGAAGGAUAUCAAACUUGAAAUAUUGCUGACGGAUACUGCGAAUCUCCCUUCCAAAUUCCUAUCCUUCGGGUCUCGAGAUUACAUCCGACUGGUUAACAAAAGACCAAGCUACAUCCUGUCUUACCUAGAAAAAGGCGUAGAUGUCCUCUUUUCUGAUGUAGAUACAGUUUGGCUCAAGAAUCCUUUGCCAUUCUUCACGGGCGACUACGAUUUGUAUAUCGGAAGGGAUAUCUACGGAAACCCAAAGGCACCAGACCUGGCGUGCGCAGGGUUCGUAUACUAUUCCGCCAGGAACGCUACCAUUGAUCUGCUAUUGAAAUGGAUUCGUAGCAUUCACGAUAGGCCAGGGGUACCUGACCAAGAGCUCCUGAAUCAAUUGUUACGUAACAAUGUCAUUCGCCAGAAGCUCAAUGUCAAGUAUCUGGAUCAAAGACAGUUCCCAAACGGAAAUGAUUAUUUCAACGCGAAAUGGAGGAUGAAAAACGCCGACGUCGAACCGAUCGUGGUUCAUAACAAUUGGAUUAAAGGACAUGAUGUCAAGAUAGAACGGUUCAAGAAUGUUAGCUUAUGGUAUUUAUGAUUUAUGAAGAAAUUGAGGCUUCGAAACAGCAUCGUGUAUUCAUGGAAUAUUCAAGGAAAAUGUAGUAUUGGUGUAAUUUAUUUAUUCAAUUGGAAGAAGAGUUUAGAAGACAAAUGAUGAAGGCAUGAUGGGAUGUGGUAAAUAAACUCAAUAUUGUCAAAAAGAGAAUCACGCCAAAAACGCAAACAGGGACUUAUCUAGGAUUUUAUAGAAGUGGGGCGGUUUGAGGCAAAAUAAUGCACCUGCCAAGUAGGAGGGAGAGGGUGGAGCAGGGGUGAGUUGAGGGGGUAGAGGACAGGAGAGCUGUAAACAACAGGGUGAUAUCAGAGAGUGCUUCGUUUUUACUACGGAGCCGCUGUCUACAACGCACCAAUUCCUUUGAAAAUGCAAGUCAAAUCACAAUGGAGAGCAGACAGGCUUUUGUGCAAAGUUAAUGGACCGUGGACAGCAGCGUAGUGUCAAAGGCUCUGCACAACGACAUACAUGCAAUUGUUCGUCCGGUCCAAAUAUUCGGAUGAUCUGCUAUCCCGGUCAACCAACUUUCGACAAAAUUAGCCUUUUCCAUUGUGAUUUGACUUGCAUUUUCAAAGGUAUUGGUGCAUUGUAGAGAGUAGCAGGGUAUAGAAAAUGCGAAAACUCUCUACUUAUGUUCGAAUUAGGGUCACUUGCAGUAGGGCACGUGUCAUGUGUGUGGUCCGAGAUCUGCACAUGACACACAUUAAUAUUUUAUAAAGGCCUCUCACGUACCUCUUCACUUUUUCCUCAAGUCAUCUCAUUAGUAUUUUAUUGCCGAGAUAUCUAAGGCCCCGUUGUCCAUAUUUAAGGAACUCGGACCUAUAAAUAUAUAUUUCAUAAUCAUCAUCGUCAUCAUUAUCACCAUCGUCGUCGUCACCCUCGUCAUCAUCAUUAUCAUCCACCAUCAUACCAUUUCAUCAGAAAAAAUUAAUAAAAAAAACACUGUAUAUCCAUUUUGUAUAAUACACUGUUUAUUUAUCACCCUUGUUCGGAGCUGUCAUAUUUGACUUCAAACAUAUUUAUAAAUGAUAUUUAUAACGG